AUGAAGGCAUACCACAGAAAGGCAACAGAAAGGCUCCUAGCGAUGGACAUGUCCCAAGCACCAGAGGGCAACCUCAUCCCCAGAGGCGCGCUCCAGCCCGCCGGCAACGCAACACCGCUGAGGGACCUGUCGAGCUCGGCCCAACACGGCCCCGGGGGUGCCUCCUUCACCCCUGGGGCACUGGCCUCGCCACCCAGUGCCGGUGGCCUCGCCCACCACCGGACGUGUUUGCGCGGCUCACCCCUUGGGUAUCCCUCGGCCAGACGGAUCCAUCGUGCGCCCCGCUACCUGUGGAGUACCGUGCCGGAGAGCCAGAGCGGAUACCCAAGGGGUGAGCCGCGCAAACACGUCCGGUGGUGGGCGAGGCCACCGGCACUGGAUGGCGAGGCCAGUGCCCCAGGGGUGAAGGAGGCACCCCCGGGGCCGUGUUGGGCCGAGCUCGACAGGUCCCUCGACCAGUGGAAGCACGUGACUCGGAGCCCCAUUCCGCGCUGGCAAAGGUUAGAGGUAGGAGAGGCGCAAAGCGUCUGGUAG